AUGUCUACUGAAUUUCCCGCUGACGUAACCGUGAAGCCGCUUGAGAAAUCCAGCCACACCAACAGGUGGGACAAAUGGUGGGCGGAAGGUUCAACGCCUUGGGAUUUGGGGGGCCCUACCCCAGUCCUUGUACACCUUCACAGCACUGGAUCCCUUCCCAUAGGCAGAGCUCUUGUUCCUGGCUGCGGCAGUGGUUACGAUGUGGUGGAGAUGGCCAGUGCCGAGCGCCAUGUUGUAGGUCUGGACAUAUCAGACAUUGCCAUUAAGAAAGCAAUGAAAUUGAAGUCUGGCUCACCAAAGGCAGAGCACUGUACUUUCUUAAAGAGUGACUUCUUCACAUGGUGUCCGGAUCAGUUGUUCGAUCUCAUAUUCGAUUACACGUUUUUUUGUGCCAUUGAACCCGAGCUAAGAUCGUCGUGGGCCAAGAAAAUGUCCGAGCUUCUGAAGCCAGAUGGGGAGCUCAUAACAUUAAUGAAUCUGAUAGAUGAUCGCGAGGGUGGUCCUCCGUUUAAAGUAUCAAUUUCCGAUUAUGAAGAGGUGCUGCAUCCUGUUGGUUUCGAAGCAACGUGUAUCUCAGACAACGAGUUGGCUAUUUCUCGUCGAAAGGGACACGAGAAGCUAGGGAGAUGGAGAAGGAGAAGGGUUUCAUCAUAUUCUGCAGAAAAACACAGGGACGUGUUGACAAGUUGGGGUGCUUGUCUAUCUUGUUUCCUUUGUCUCUGCAAUGAAAAGAAGGGAGGCAAAUAA